UCUUUUUAGUUUUAAUAGAUCUUGGAUUUAGCUCUCCGCUCCAGAAAACAAGACCCAAGUCCCGACGAUUUUUUGGCAAAAACGCCGACCCAAACCCAGAAGUCUCUAUCUCCGCAAACCACGAUCCCCAACACUCCGACUCUAAAGGCUCGGAGUGCUACCCUAAAAUAAAGAUCUUAGAUAAAAAUUUUAGGAUCAAAUUUUAUAUAUUGUUUUUUAAAUGUGAAUUAAGAUAAUUUUGCCAUUUAAGUAUAAAGGAAAAAUUAAAUUAUGAUUAGGUCUUCAACCAUAUUUGUAAUUUUGUUAAGCUACAUUAUUUGUAUAAAAGGUGAUCCAAAGCUUACAGUCAUCAACAACUGUCCUUAUCCUAUUUGGCCAGCAUACCAAGUUGGCGCCGGACAAACUGUGCCCAAAAAUGGAGGAAGCGGGGCGUUAAAUAAGGGACAAAGUGUUUCAUUCACGGUUAAUCCAAAAUUGUCAGCAUUGAGAAUUUGGGCAAGGACAGGGUGUAAUAAGGAUGCAACUAGUUGUACAACUGGAAUUUGCAGAGGACGUGGCAUUGAAUGUAAAGGCACUGGAGGGGAACCACCAAUGUCAUUGGCAGAAUUCACUUUUGGUACUAAUGCCGGCGAUUUCUACGAUGUUAGCUUAGUUGAUGGUUUCAAUAUACCUGUGGAAAUUGUGCCAAUUGGAGGAAAUGGACCAAAAUGUAAAAAAAUCAAUGCAUGUGAUCUUAGAAAAGUUGCUUCUAAAUUGCCAGCACAAAUGGUCAAAAAGGAUAAUAAAGGGACAAUAAUUGGAAUCCUCAGCCCUUGUGCAGCUUUUAAAGAUCCAAAAUAUUGUUGUACCCAACAAUGGAAUAAACCCGAAACUUGCCAUCCAGUCUUUAACAAUUAUGAUGUUUAUAAAACAGAAAAUAAAGAAUGCCCUCAACAAUAUCUUUACCCUUAUGAUGACGAUAAAGCAACAUUUGUUUGCACAAAUGGAGGGAAAGUUAAUUAUAAUAUUAAAUUUUGCCCUUAA